CAAUUCAAUAUAUCACCCGUUUGGUUGCUUGUUAUUAGAAAAAAUCCGUGGCUUCUUGGGUUGUACGCCGGCAUUGCUGUUGUUUACUUGUUUUCAUAACCUCACCUUAUAACUUCAUCACUCCAUUAAUUCAAUAAUUUCUCUCUUAAGCAAUCACAAAAAUGGGGACUAUAGUUUUGUACCCAUCUCCCGCUAUGGGCCACCUAAUCUCAAUGGUGGAGCUCGGAAAACUUAUCACCAAACACCACCCUUCUUUCUCUAUCAUUGUCCUCACUCUCAUCCCAUCUUUCAACACCGGCUCCACCGCCGCCUAUGUCCGUCACAUCUCCGCCACCUUCCCCGCCAUCACUUUCCACCACCUCCCUGACAUCCCUCUUGACCCCCUUCUUUUCCCUAUAAUGGAAGCCAUCAUCUUUGAGCUUAUUCAACGUAGCAACCCUAAUGUCGAUCACGCUCUUCAAUCAAUUUCUUUAUCUUCUAAAAUCUCUGCGUUCGUUAUAGACCAUUUUUGCAUGCCGGUGAUCCCUGUGGCUGAGAAUUUUAACCUGCCUGUUUACUACUUCUUUACUUCAGGUGCAUGCUGCCUUGCACAGUUCCUAUACAUGCCGACACUUGAUAAAACCACUACUGAAAGUUUUAAAGAUAUGCAUACACUCAUCCAUUCGCCCGGCCUGCCUCCAAUACCAUCUUCGGAUAUGAUUGCUCCACUUCUUGAUAGAACUACUAUCCAUUAUUCGGCUUUUGUGGCAACAUGCGAGUUGUUUCCGAAAUCAGCUGGAAUCAUAAUUAAUACGUUUGAUUCGCUGGAGACAAAAGCGAUUACAGCAAUAAAUAAUGGAGUUUGUGUUCCAGAUCGGCCUACGCCACCUAUCUACUGCGUGGGACCGUUGGUGGCGAGUGCUGGUGACGGUUCUCAUGAGUGCUUUGGUUGGCUUGAUUUGCAACCAAGUGGAAGUGUUGUGUAUUUGUGUUUUGGGAGUUUGGGUGUGUUUUCUAGUGAGCAGUUAAAGGAGAUUGCAAAAGGGCUGGAGAUGAGUGGAGUUCGAUUUCUAUGGGUGGUUAGAAGCCCACCGUCAGACAGAGUUGAAGACCGGUUUCUGCCACUGCCAGAGCCAGACUUGGAUUUACUUCUUCCAGAAGGUUUCUUGGAGCGUACAAAAGAUAGAGGGCUCGUUGUGAAGAAGUGGGCGCCGCAAGUGGCUAUACUCAACCACAAGUCUGUGGGUGGGUUUGUGACACACUGCGGGUGGAACUCGAUCUUAGAAGCGGUAUGUGCUGGGGUUCCGAUGGUAGCGUGGCCAUUGUAUGCAGAACAAAGGUUCAAUAGGGUGGUGUUGAGGGAUGAAAUGAAGUUGGCGCUACCUAUGGAUGAGUCAGAAGGUGGGUUGGUGACUGCGAUGGAGGUGGAGAAGCGGGUUAGAGAGUUGAUGGAGGGGGAGGAAGGUAUUGUUAUUAGGGAGGUGGCGAAGACGAGAAAAGAGCAGGCCGCGAUUGCAAUGAGUGAUGGUGGGUCUUCUCGUGUGGCUCUGUCUAAGUUGGUUGCAUCAUGGUAGCCGUUAAUGUCGAUUGAUUGUACAACUUAAUUAUGUACAGAGUCAAUUGUGUCAUUGUAAAUAGUUCUAUACCCGUCCGGUGAACGGACGUAUCAAUGAUAUAAUGAUACAAGUAUUUUAUUAUUUAUUCUAAA